CCAGUUCAUCCCAUCCCUACAAGCGGGGCGCUGCAGUAGUACACGAACAGAGCGUGCGCAAGAAAGCGCCGUUUGCUGGUUUAGACUGGGAGCUGGUGGGAGAGAGCACCAGAGACACGCCGCUUGGAAGGGGGUCUCGCGCCGCGGAGCCGGAAAGCAUCCGAUUCUAUUCACCUGGUGGGGAAAAAUCAGCAUCCCUCGCUGUCUCUGUGAUAGCACUGGGAUCAGAUCUUCUCACUCAGGACACUGAUGACAGCACAGAGCUUCCAGGAUUGAGAGCCAAUCAGAGAGGUCCCACAGAGACAGGACAACAGCAGGGGAGGACAGAGGACCCACACAGCUGUCAGAGGGGCGUGGUGGAUGUGCUGCAGGUUCGAGCAGCUGUCCUGACUGAGGAGAGGGUCGUUUCCGUGAGGAGGGUCGCCGUGGUAACGGUUCAGCCAUGAGCAGGACGAGGUCAUGUGAGCUGUGUGCGGGGGCGGUGCUCGUGCUGGUCCUGGGUCAUGUGAUCUCAGCGCUGGAGGUGCCUCUCGACCUACCGCAGCCACCCACUAUAACUUACCAGUCGCCGAAAGAUUACAUCAUCGACCCGCGAGAAAACAUCGUCAUCCACUGUGAGGCAAAAGGGAAGCCCCAUCCUAGCUUCUCCUGGACCAGAAACGGAACGCACUUCAACAUCGACAAGGUCCCCCGCGUCAGCAUGAAGGCGGAUUCGGGGACGCUGGUCAUCGACAUCAGCCGGGAGAGGGCGGAGGUGUUCGAGGGCGUGUACCAGUGCAUCGCCCGCAACGAGCACGGGACGGCCGUGUCCAACGGCAUCGUGAUCCGCCAGUCCCGCUCCCCCUUGUGGUCGAAAGAGAGAAAUGACCCGAUCGUCGUGCAGGAGGGCGUGUCCCUGGUGCUGCAGUGCAGGCCCCCUGCCGGCCUCCCUCCACCAAUCAUAUUCUGGAUGGACAACGACUUCCAGAGGCUUCCCCAGAGCAAGCGCGUGUCCCAGGCCCUGAACGGGGACCUGUACUUCUCCAACGUGCUGACGGAGGACACGCGCAACGACUACAUCUGCUACGCCCGCUUCCCCCACACGCAGACCAUCCAGCAGAAGCAGCCCAUCACCGUCAAGGUCCUCAACAUGGAUGCAAUCAAUGAGACAAUGGCAGCUUUAUUGAAUGACACUGGUUUUUUUGGUGACAGUCCGGUGGAGGAGAGGCAGCCAUCUUUCCUUCUCCCGACCGGGUCCCGGAGCGCUAAGAUGGUGCUGAGGGGAGAGGACCUGGACCUCGAGUGCAUCGCUGAAGGCCUUCCGACCCCGGAGAUCUCCUGGAGUCGGGAGGGCGGGGCGCUGCCGAGCGACAGGACGUCCUAUCACAGCUUCCAGAAGACCCUGAAGAUAGCGGAGGUGACAGAGGCGGAUGCCGGAGACUACCGCUGCACCGCCAGCAACCACCUGGACAACGUGCACCACAUCAUCUCCGUCACCGUGAAAGCGGCUCCGUACUGGAGAAGAGCCCCAAAGAACCUGAUCCUGUCGCCCCGGGAGACGGGCGCGCUCACCUGCGAGGCCGGGGGCACGCCCAAGCCCACCGUCACCUGGUCCAUGAACGGGGUGCCCAUCGAGAAUGCCCCCAAAGACCCCAGCAGGACCAUCGAGGAUGACACCGUCACCUUCUCCGACGUCCAGACGGGCUCCAGCGCCGUGUACCAGUGCAACGCGUCCAAUGUGUACGGCUACCUGCUGGCCAACGCCUUCCUCAACGUCCUCACUGAGCCCCCCAGGGUGCUGACGCCUCCCAACCAGGUGUACCAGGUGAUCCGGGACACGCCCGCCCUGCUGGACUGCGCCUCGUUCGGGUCGCCCAUCCCCAACGUCACAUGGAUUAGGGAUGACGACCACAUCUUCCUCUCCCGCGACCCGUACAUCCUGCACGAGAACGGGUCGUUAGAGAUCCAGGAGGCCCACUCCCCGCACAGCGGCCGGUACACCUGCCUGGCCACCAACCACCUGGGCAAGAAGACCAACCACGUCUACCUGGAGGUGAAAGAGCCCACCCGCAUUGUGAAGCAGGACAGGCGGAAGGUGGUGGAGAGGAACAGCGACGCGGUCUUCGAGUGCCGCGUGACCCACGACCCCUCCCUGGUCCCCACGGUUACCUGGCUGAAGGACAACGGAGAACUGCCCGACGAUGAGAGGUUUGUGGUGGACUCGGACAGCCUGACCAUCACAGACGUGACGGAGGAAGACGAGGGCUCCUACACCUGCAUCAUGAACACCACGCUGGACCAGGACUCCGCCACCGCCAUCCUCACCAUCGUCGAUGCCCCCCCAACUCCAGCUAUCGUCUACGAACGACCGGACCCGCCUGCGGACCUGGAGCUCACCGACCCACAGAGCCGGAGCGUCCAGCUCACCUGGACCCCGGGAGACGAGCACAACAGCCCCAUAGAGAGGUUCCUCAUCCAGUACGAGGACUCGCUCCACGAACCCGACGUGUGGCUGAACCUGACCGACGUCCCGGGCUCCAAGACCACGGCCCUGCUCAGUCUCUCCCCCUUCGCCCACUACUCCUUCAGGGUGCUGGCGCUGAACCACGUGGGCCCCAGCCGGCCGAGCGAGCCGUCCAGGCAGUACCGCACCGAGGGGGCAGCUCCCGAUGAAAACCCAUCUGGAGUGGAAGGCGUCGGAGCCGUGCACAACAAUAUGGUGAUAUCGUGGAAGCCGCUGUCAGGCCUGCAGGCUAACGGUCCCGACCUGCAGUACAAGGUCAUCUGGAGGCAGAAGGGCGUGGAGACGGACUGGUCGUCCGUGACGGUGUCCAACGUGUCCAAGUUCGUGGUUUCGGGGACACCCACCUUCGUCCCGUACGACAUCAAGGUCCAGGCGGUGAACAAGUUUGGCAGCGGACCGGAACCAGAGGUGUUCCUGGGCUACUCCGGAGAGGACUUCCCCACGGCCGCCCCCGGGAACAUCCAGGUGCAGAUCCUGAACACCUCUCUGGCGGAGGUGCAGUGGGACCCCGUUCCCCCGGAAACGCUGCGGGGACGCCUGCAGGGCUACAAGGUGACCUAUUGGAAGGAGCGGAGUCUGAACAAGCACCACCCCCACCCGGAGGAGCAGCAGGUGCUGUCGUUCAGCGGGAAUAAGACCCAGGGCAGGCUGCCUGGCCUGCGCCCCUACAGCCUCUACGUCCUGAACGUGCAGGCCUUCAGCGGCAGGGGCGGGGGCCCGCCCAGCACCGACGUCCAGCUCGAGACCCCCGAGGGAGUGCCCGGACUCCCAGCUCGCCUGAAGGUGACCAGCGUCAACCUGGACUCCAUUACCCUGGAGUGGGAGCCUCCUUAUGAGCACAACGGACCCCUGACUAGCUACACACUCAAAUACCAGCCCAUCAACAACACGAACCACCUGGGGCCCCUGGAGGAAGUGAGCGUGGAGCCUAACGAGACGACCGUCACCCUGCUGAACCUGAAGUACGCCACGCACUACAAGUUCUACCUCAACGCCAACACGGCGAAGGGCCCGGGGCCCGCGCGCACCGAUGAGGCCUUCACCAUCAUGGACGAGGCUCUAAUGGGACAGCCAACGGUAGCCGUGGGCAAAGGGCCCACAGAACCCCCUCAGCCAAUCUCACCUGUCACAAAGUCCCUGCGCCCCAAUUUCAACAAGGUGCCUACCGCCGGUCCGACUUUUGGGAAUGUUAACUCGUCUGUCAGGGAGACCGGAGCCAUGAUCAGUUGGGAAUACUGGGGCCCAGAUAAGAGCAUGUUUGUUGAAUAUGUCGUAGAAAACAGUAAAGAAGAGUGGACUAGAGAGCCGGUAAACGGCUCGCAGGCCUCUUAUCAGAUUAAAGACUUAAAGCCGGGAACCUCCUAUAAAGUGCGCCUCGUGACUAGAGAUCAGUCCAGUGCAAUCGUGCACAAGUCGGAGGAGUUAUCCAUCGCAGUGCCAGCCAUCGCGAGCCCGCAGGUGGACAUUGCCACACAGGGCUGGUUCAUCGGCCUGAUGUGCGCCAUCGCCCUGCUCAUCCUGGUGCUGCUCAUCGUCUGCUUCAUCAAGAGGAACAAGGGGGGCAAGUACCCGGUGAAGGAGAAAGAGGAUGCUCACGCAGACCCUGAAAUCCAGCCGAUGAAGGAGGACGACGGGACGUUUGGGGAGUACAGCGACACGGAGGACCACAAGCCGCUGAAGGGCAGCCGCACGCCGUCCAACGGCACGGUGAAGAAGGACGACAGCGACGACAGCCUGGUGGACUACGGCGAGGGCGGCGACGGGCAGUUCAACGAGGACGGCUCCUUCAUCGGCCAGUACAGCGGCAAGAAGGAGAAGGACACGGCCGAGGGGAACGAGAGCUCGGAGGCGCCCUCCCCCGUCAACGCCAUGAACUCCUUCGUCUAACCCGGGCGGAAAAAACCACACGCACACACGCAGACACACAGGGGAGUCGCCGUAGAAACUGUCCACCCCUCAUCUCACGGGUCGUCUCCAUGGCGCUAUGACCUACGACCUCCCAUCACAUGAUCAUUUUCCUGUUUAAAAGAACACAACUCAGAGACAUUAGCGGUAAGAACACCCAGAGACGCAGGUGUGCUGUCAGACCUGGGGAGGGAGUGGGAGUCUGGAGGAACAGGGGGCGGGGGGGGGGGGCAGGACGCAUUCAGUAACAGCACUUUUAUUGUUUGCAAACAUAUCUUUUCUCGACGUGGCCAAGUGGGGGAUCGGACUGCGUUAAAACCGGGCAUCUUUUUCAUCUGCUUCUAAUAUAGUGCAUGGAAACAGUACUCUUCUAUCCACACAUGAUAACACGCAGAGAAUAUAAAAAAAUAUAGUGUAUAACGUGGAAACAGUGAUUCAUUUUGACUAUACAGUGCACAUCUGAAUUACUGGGUAUGCCUUUUGUUAUAUUGUAAAAGUGUUUUAUUGGUAUUAUAUAAAAAAGGCAUCAAUGUCUUGGUGGACAUUGUUGUGAAAUGCGUGAUACUUGUAUAGCUAUUAUUAUUAUAUGUCUUUUUUGCAAGACAGGAGCUGUUUGUAUAUAAUUGCAGAAAAAAAUAUAUAGAUUGGAAAUUGGUUGUGUUUAUGUAUUGGGCUUUGAUCUCAGUAUAUGAAAAUACAGUACUCUGUGUCGCACACCUGCAUACUCAAACGCCA